AUGUGUACCGACUACGAAAUUUGGUACGCCUGUGGGCACAAAGGACAUCCCGCUCGCCCCAACAUUUCGCAGUCCAACGAGCAAGAAAUUGCAGUCUAUGCAGACUGCGGUCCACUCUUCCCUACUGCACGAGUUGUUAACCGUUGCUCCCGUUUCAAAGAGUCUGGAAGGAUUUGUCAGGUCCAAGACCGACUUGUCGUAAGUCAACGCUGGGACAUUGUCUGCUGCGACAAUAAAAACUGCAAGCCGAUUGAGAAAUUCAGUGACACCGGAUGUCAAUUGCUGCAGAAGAACUUGGAGUCAAGCGCUAUUGCCGGACUGAGGUACUUGGAUAAAUUGACGGAGAAGGAAAGGACCGAGCUCUAUAAGACUAGCGCUAGGAUCAGUCAACCACCCGUCUGGGGAAGAAAAGGACCUCACGUCAAGAAACCUAGAAAAGUCAAGACUAAGGAAGAGCGUGAACGCGAUAAGGAAGAAAGGGAACGAGCCAAAGUCCAGAAAGAAGUUGAGAAGGCUGAGAAAAAGGAACUCGCCGCCGCUCGAGCCCUAGCCGAUCUUGCAUCAGGAAAGCCGAAAGGUGGUCGCAAGAAGAACACCAAAGGUGUCCACUUGCAAAAACCGGUCGUCAAAAAAGUUGAAAAGAAGCAAAAGCCGGAGGCCAUUGGGGUCGACAGCAAAUCGGAAUCGACGAAGAAGAAGAAGAAGCCGGCUACGGUUACGGUUACCAAGGUUGAGCCGAAGUCGAAAGGGAAGAGAAAGGCUGCUGCGGACCAGCCAUCGAAACCAGCCUCGAAGAGGCAGCGAAAGAACAAAACGGCUUAG